CUACGCGGCCCCGGGGCCGCUUGCUUCCUGUUUGUCCGACGAGGAGACAUGGCGGAGGCGCCCGCGGCGGCUGGGGCUGGCGCCGGCCGGGGGAGACGGUCGGCAGCAACAGUAGCGGCAUGGGGCGGAUGGGGCGGCCGGCCGCGGCCCGGUAACAUUCUGCUGCAGCUGCGGCAGGGCCAGCUGACUGGCCGGGGCCUGGUCCGGGCGGUGCAGUUCACUGAGACUUUUUUGACGGAGAGAGAUAAGCAGUCCAAAUGGAGUGGAAUUCCUCAGUUGCUUCUUAAACUGUAUGCCACCAGCCACCUCCACAGUGACUUCAUUGAGUGCCAAAACAUCCUCAAGGAAAUUUCUCCUCUUCUUUCCAUGGAGGCUAUGGCAUUUGUUACUGAAGAUAGGAAACUUACUCAAGAAACCACUUAUCCAAAUACUUAUAUUUUUGACUUGUUUGGAGGUGUUGAUCUCCUUGUAGAAAUUCUUAUGAGACCUACAAUCUCUAUCCGGGGACAGAAACUAAAAAUAAGUGAUGAAAUGUCCAAGGACUGCCUGAGCAUCCUGUAUAAUACCUGUGUCUGUACGGAAGGAGUUACCAAGCGCUUGGCAGAAAAGAAUGAUUUUGUGAUCUUCCUGUUUACACUGAUGACAAGUAAGAAGACUUUCUUACAAACAGCAACCCUCAUUGAAGAUAUUCUGGGUGUUAAAAAGGAAAUGAUCCGACUAGAUGAAGUUCCCAAUCUGAGUUCAUUAGUAUCCAAUUUCGAUCAGCAACAGCUUGCUAAUUUCUGCCGGAUUCUGGCUGUCACCAUUUCAGAGAUGGAUACAGGGAACGAUGACAAGCACACACUUCUUGCCAAAAAUGCUCAGCACAAGAAGAGUUUGAGCUUGGGGCCUUCUGCAGCUGAAAUCAACCAAGCGGCCCUUCUCAGCAUCCCUGGUUUUGUUGAGCGGCUUUGCAAACUGGCAACUCGAAAGGUGUCAGAGUCAACAGGUACAGCCAGCUUCCUUCAGGAGUUGGAGGAGUGGUACACAUGGCUAGACAACGCUUUGGUGCUGGAUGCCCUGAUGCGAGUGGCCAAUGAGGAGUCUGAGCACAAUCAAGGCUCUUCUGAGGAGAAUGGGCUACCUCACACUUCAGCCAGGACCCAGCUGCCCCAGUCGAUGAAGAUUAUGCAUGAGAUCAUGUACAAACUGGAAGUGCUCUAUGUCCUCUGCGUGCUGCUGAUGGGGCGUCAGCGAAACCAGGUUCACAGAAUGAUUGCAGAGUUUAAGCUGAUCCCUGGACUCAAUAAUUUGUUUGACAAGCUGAUUUGGAGGAAACAUUCAGCAUCUGCCCUUGUCCUCCAUGGUCACAACCAGAACUGUGACUGUAGCCCGGACAUCACCUUGAAGAUCCAUUUUUUGAGACUUCUCCAGAGUUUCAGCGACCACCAUGAGAAUAAGUACCUGCUCCUCAACAACCAGGAACUGAAUGAACUCAGUGCCAUCUCUCUCAAGGCCAAUAUCCCUGAAGUGGAAGCCGUUCUCAACACUGACAGGAGUCUGGUGUGUGAUGGGAAGAGGGGCUUGUUAACUCGUCUGCUGCAGGUCAUGAAGAAGGAACCAGCUGAGUCCUCUUUCAGGUUUUGGCAAGCACGAGCUGUGGAGAGUUUCCUCCGAGGGACCACCUCCUAUGCAGACCAGAUGUUCCUGCUGAAGCGAGGCCUUCUGGAGCACAUCCUGUACUGCAUUGUGGACAGCGAGUGCAAAUCAAGGGAUGUGCUCCAGAGCUACUUUGACCUCCUUGGGGAGCUGAUGAAGUUCAACGUUGAUGCAUUCAAGAGAUUCAAUAAAUACAUCAACACAGAUGCAAAGUUCCAGGUGUUCCUGAAGCAGAUCAACAGCUCCCUGGUAGACUCCAACAUGUUAGUACGCUGUGUCACUCUAUCACUGGACCGAUUCGAAAACCAGGUGGACAUGAAAGUGGCUGAGGUCCUGUCUGAGUGCCGCCUGCUCGCCUAUAUAUCCCAGGUGCCCACCCAGAUGUCCUUUCUCUUCCGCCUCAUCAACAUCAUCCACGUGCAGACACUGACCCAGGAGAAUGUCAGUUGCCUCAACACCAGCCUGGUGAUCCUGAUGCUGGCCCGGCGGAAAGAGCGGCUGCCCUUGUACCUACGGUUGUUGCAGCGCAUGGAGCACAGCAAGAAGUAUCCCGGCUUCCUGCUCAACAACUUCCACAACCUGCUGCGCUUUUGGCAGCAGCAUUACCUGCACAAGGACAAGGACAGCACCUGCCUGGAAAAUAGUUCCUGCAUCAGCUUCUCAUACUGGAAGGAGACAGUGUCUAUCCUGUUGAACCCAGACCGCCAGUCACCUUCUGCCCUCGUCAGCUACAUCGAGGAACCCUACAUGGACAUAGACAGGGACUUCACUGAGGAGUGACCUUGGGCGGGGCCUCGGGAGGCUACUGGGCCAGGGCCAGUGCCGGUGAGCGUGGCUACAUGUGCCACACACGCCCUGCCUGUUCCUUCCCUCCCCUGCCUCCCUGCCUGACCCAGGUCUUCAGGCACAGGCUCAGUGGGAGGAAGCAUCCUGGAAGCCCUGGGCCUCUGGAUCUGAGGGUCCCAGUCAUUGAGGAGCCUCAGUUCCCUCACAGUUCACAUGAGGACAGGGCACCAUGCCCACCCUUCCCUCAUAAUCCUGGGACUCUUGGCCUGCCCAGAGGAAGAAAACUUACGAAAAGAGCUCUGUCUGAGCUCCUGCCCGGUCUCUUGGCUGGCAGUCCUGGGAUAAGGAGGGAAGACAAGGUCACCCAUGUAUGAGCCAAGCCUCCCCUGUCCUCAGGCAGAGGCUCCUGAGGACAGGGGUGGGGAUACCAGAGAAUGCUGCCUUCCCCCAGGCCUACCCAUCUGUCCUUCCCUCGUCUUCCUUCAGCUCCUCUGGUUCUGUUUGCUCAUUGGCCGCUGUGUUCAUCCCAGGGGCUUCCUCCAGAAGUUAGGGGGCCUUUUCUCCCCAUCCCUUGGGGCACAGGGUGGCUGUGCCUGCCCUGCCCCAGAGCAGCAUCUCCUGCCUGAGCCCAGACACAGGAGCUUGGCUAGGAGCUCACCCUUGGCCCCUCCUGUGUUGCCAAUUUAUUAACAGCAAAUAAACCAAGUAAAUGGAGACUAUUAAAGAACUUUAUUUUAAAUGA